AUGCCUUCUAGCCUUACUGUCGCAGCCACUGUUGCUGCGGCCCUCCUUCAGGGAACCAAUGCUCAGCUAUUCACCGUUAACUGCGCACCUUUGACCAUUCAGCGCGGUGAUCCUAUUGUUUACCCUGGUCAAAUUUCUCCCCAUGUUCACAUUGUCACCGGAGGUACAAACUUUGCACUGUCUGAGACCAAUGAGCAAGCUCGAAACGCAAAGUCUACCACGUGCGACAAGAUCCUUGACCAAAGCAACUAUUGGCAGCCACAGCUUUACCAUCAGCGCCAUGAUGGAAAGUUUGAGAUGGUUCACAUGCAAGGCAAUGCUGCUUAUUACAUUGCCCGUACUUGCGACUACGCUGCCGGACGAAAGAACUGCGAUGGCGCCCCUGCCCCCAUUGCCCCUCCCAAGGGUCUUCGUAUGGUCGUUGGAGACCCGUACCUUCGUACAUACAACCAGUCGAACCCAGAGCAACGUGCCAUCUCUCACGUAUGCCUAGAUGGUGCAGGCAAGGGCGAAACUCCAGAGAUGUCUAAGCUUCCUUGCACCCGUCUCCGCGCCGAGACGUUCUUCCCUGCCUGCUGGGACGGCAAGAACCUAGACAGCAGCAACCAUAAGAGCCAUGUCGCCUUCCCUGCCAUCGGCGACUACAAUUUUGGCGUCUGCCCUCAGACGCACCCCAAGGCCAUCCUGUCCGUCUUUUACGAAUUCUUCUACGAUACCGGAGCUAUCAAGGAUCCCAACCGCCUUGUCUGGGCUAUGGGUGAUCCUACCGGCUACGGCCUACAUGGUGACUACCUCCAAGGCUGGACUGACCAGGACCGCCUGGAGCGUGCCAUUGCUUCCUGCACUGGAAACCAUGGUGUUGACGAUCCCAACUGCAGCUUGAACGUUGGCGCUGAUGGCAGCCCUGGCCACGCAAGCGAAAAGACCAUCCAGACUGCCCCUCCCACUGAGGAUGUUGGUAUUAAUGGGCCUCUUGACAAGCUCCCUGGCAACAACCCGGUCACUUUGUGA